GUGAAAGUAAAAGUAAAAACCCCUUAAAAGCGCUGACACACAGCCCGGACUUUGGGGACCUUUGCUGAAGGUUUUUAUCCUCAGAAUCAGCGCUUAGCUUCAUCUUCAUCUCCUCUGUCUUCAGACUGAAGAUGCUCCACAGUUUGAAGCCCUGUGAGCAGCAGACUGGGGGAUUCUGCUUUGAAAACAGCCGCAGGAACACUGUGUUGGAGUCCAACUUGUCAGAGCUCGGCUACAAAGCUCCCACUGCCAGAAAAACAGGGACCACCAUCGCUGGGAUAGUUUACAAGGAUGGAGUGAUCCUGGGAGCAGACACCAGGGCGACAGACGACAUGGUGGUGGCUGACAAAAACUGCAUGAAGAUUCACUACAUUGCUCCAAAGAUUUACUGCUGUGGGGCUGGCGUGGCUGCAGACGCAGAGAUCACUACACAGAUCAUGGCAUCCAACGUUGAACUGCACGUGCUCAACACUGGGCGACCCCCACUUGUCGCCAUGGUAACCCGACAGCUGAAACAGAUGCUGUUCAGAUACCAGGGUCACGUGGGUUCAUCUCUGAUUGUUGGAGGAGUUGAUGUGACUGGAGCUCACCUGUACAGUGUUUACCCACAUGGCUCCUAUGACAAACUGCCCUUCCUCACCAUGGGUUCUGGGGCUGCAGCUGCUGUCUCUGUGUUUGAGGACAGAUUCAAACCAAAUAUGGAGCUGGAGGAGGCGAAGCAACUUGUACGAGACGCUAUUGCUGCAGGGAUUUUCUGUGACCUGGGUUCAGGGAGCAAUGUGGACUUGUGUGUUAUCACUGAGGCAGGAGUGGAGUACCUGCGAGGCUACGACAAACCCACGAUGAAGGGCAAAAGAGAGGGACAGUACAGAUAUAAACCCGGCACCACAGCCGUCCUGACCAAAACUGUGACCCCGCUUUCCCUGGAUGUGAUCGACCAAUCUGUUCAGGUCAUGGACACUGAAUAAAAUACAAUGAAAUGCUCCUGCUGGAAUAAACUGCAGUCAGUAUGUGAUGAUAAUAGUAAUAAUAUAUCAGUGUACUGAUAAAGAAAGACCUCUGUGGUUAAAUGUAGAAAAAGUCAGUUAGUGUGAUUAAAACAAUGCUGACUGUAGAGCUAUUUUGUAAUAAAAGCUUUUGUUUGUUAAAUUA